AUGGCCGGAGCCGCGAUGGCCGAGCCGGGCCGCGGGCCGCCCGCCGCACCCGCGCCGGGCACCGAGGGGCUGCCGCGCGCCUUCCUGCAGAGCCUGCGCACCCUCUUCGACAUCCUGGACGACCGGCAGCGGGGCUACGUGCACCUGCGCGAAAUCGAGUCCCGCUGGCAGGGCGCCGACGCGCGCGAGCUGCCCCGCGGCGUGCUCGAGGGCCUGCGCCAGGUGGCCCCGGCCAGCGGCUACCUCACCUUCGAGCGCUUCGUGGCCGGCCUGCGCACCUCGCUGCUGAGCGCCGACGGCGGCCCGCGGGGCCAGGCGCGCGCCCCGGCCCGGGGAGGCUGCCCGGCGCGGCCCGGGGGCCAGCUGCCGCCGCAGCGCCUGGUGUUUGCACCGGCCGACGAGCCGCGGACGGUCCUGGAGAGGAAGCCUCUGCCGCUGGGCGCGCGCCCCUCGCCGGCCGGCCCCAGCGGCGCGACCCGGAGCCUAGAGAAGCUGUGCUGCCAGGCCGAGGCGGUGCCCGGCCCCGCGGAGCCCGAGCGGCCCCAGGGGGCGGCGCUGGAGCGGAGCCCAAGCGCGGACGCUGGUGCAAUGGCCUGCAGGGCCCGGGAGCUAGGUGUGGGAGACUCCCAGCGGGCCCCCCGUGCUCGAGGGGAACGUCGGAGGCACACCAUCACCAACGGUGUGGACUGUGAUCUGCUGAAGCAGAUGAAGGAGCUGGAGCGGGAGAAGGAGGUGCUGCUGCAGGGUCUGGAGAUGAUGGCGCACGGCCGGGACUGGUACCAGCAGCAGCUGCAGCACGUGCAGGAGCGCCAGCGCCGCCUGGGCCAGAGCAGGGCCAGCACUGACUUUGGGGCUGAGGGGAGCCCCCGCCCGCUGGGGCAGCUGCUGCCCAAGGUACAGGAGGUGGCCCGGUGCCUGGGGGAGCUGCUGGCUGUGGCCUGUGCCAGCAGGGCUCUGUCCUCAUCCUCGGGGCCCCCGUGCCCUGCCCCGGCCCCCGCCUCAUCCUCGGCUCCCGGCUGGCAGCAGCAGACCAUCCUCAUGCUGAAGGAGCAGAACCGGCUCCUCACCCAGGAGGUGACCGACAAGAGCGAACGAAUCACGCAGCUGGAGCAGGAGAAAUCUGCCCUCAUCAAGCAGCUAUUUGAGGCACGCGCCCUCAGCCAGCAGGACACUGGGCCUCUGGACUCCACCUUCAUCUAGCUGCCACAGGCACGGACACAGACACUGGGCCCCUCAGCCCGGCCUGGCACUCAGCCCCGGGUGGGUACCCCCUUGACUCCACCUCUCAGGCUGAAGACCACCCGGCCGGCCUGGACACAGCCCUCCCUCCUCUCUUCCCAUCUGGGGUGCCCCAGACGCCCCCAACCCCAAGUGGAGCCAGCAGGUGGGCUGCUCCCCAGAUGUGCUGCAGCCCCGCACGCUGACUUGGUCCUGGCCUCCCAGGCUGGACUGGGGCGGGGCUUCAUCCUGCCGACACAAUCUGAAGCUGCUACUGCCACUGUCGGUCGACAGUGGGGGCCCCUCCUCGUGUUUACCGGAUCUCGGGUAGCCCUGGCAGGCUGGGCUUGUCGGGAGCCCGCCCACGUUUACAGUUGGCCCGCCUCCUGGACCUGGGGUCUCCAGGAAAAGGUACUGGUCACACUAGGCUGCACUCCUGAAAGCGGCCAGCAGAGGGUGCUGCGUGCACUGUCAUAGGCCCUGCCUGGAACCCCCACCGCAGGUCUCAGAUGGGGGCCGGCAGGAGGGGACUCUGGGAUGGGCUGGGACACCCGAGGGCCCAAGGGCAUCUUCCCUCAACCCAGGGCACCCACAUUUGGGGGGCGCCCCUCAGCGGGGGAAGAUGGUAGGGGUGGGAAAUGGCCUCUAAGAGGAGGGUCUGCCUGCGUGGAGUUCUGGGGGAGCUCCCCAGGAUGGUGGUCAGGGUUCAUGCCUGGGCCAAGGCUGCUUACCCCCUCCCCACAGGCCUCAGACCCUAAACCAACUUGGGUUAGCUGUCAUCCCUCCUGGCCAAGACUCCACAGAGCAACAUGUGACCCAGGCUCAGGGCCUGUGCCUGCAAGGCCACGUGAGCAGGCUAUGGUCACGGGAUGGCUCCUCGGACCAUAGCCACCUCCUAUAGGCCAAGCACCCCCACCACAGCCCACCCAACUGAUUGCCCAGGUACGGGGGCCUCUCACACCUCCACCCCCCAACCCCUAGUUUGGCCCCAGGUCUGGGCUGGGAGAGAACACUUCCGCUCAGCCAUGGAAAAGGGGAACCACAGAGUUCAGGAAAAGGCUGGGAGACACCUGCUCAGCUGGGCCUGCUAAUGGCACCUCCACCCCAGGAGAGGCCUAGUGCUCUGUGCUGCCAUCCCCACGGGGACCCCCAAGGCAAGGGCACAGUGACAUCAAGGACAGGUUAUGAGGGAGAGGGCCGCAGAUGCAGGGGGUGGGCAUGCAUGGGGCACAGGAGCACACCUGGAGAGGUUGGGCGCAGCCCUGGAAGACACCCCGGCCACAGGGAAGGGAUCCUGGCUGCAGGCCAGGUGCUCCCUUCCAGCCCCAGCUCUGUGCUAACCUGCCAGCAGCAACCUGGACCAGCCACUGACCCUACUGCGCUCAGGGCCUGGGGGGCGAGCAUCCCAAGUCAGGCCCAAAUCAGCCCAGUGUGCACACGGCCCUCCUCGGAGGAUGGGUGUGGGUUCUCCUAGGGGCCUGAGACCCUAUACCACCCCCCAGCCUAGACCUCCUGGGCAGGCUCCCUGGGAGGGGAAACAGGAAGAGGAGCAGGCCCUAAAGGGCAAGAUAGCCUCCAGCACCCAGCAGACCUGUGGUGCAGUGGUUAGACCACUGCCAGCCAGGAGAGAUCCUCCCAAUCGUCAGGGUGGGGCCUACCUACCAGGACCUCCCCAAAUCUGCCACUCCCCUUCCAUCCCACAACCAGUCCCCCCACACCAGCCCAGGCCCCAAGCCCACCCUCACUAGGAGUCCCUCUGCUCACAGGUUCUCCAAACACAGCCCCCGACAUUUCCAGAACUGAAAACUGCACCUUCCUCUGCCCCUGACUCUUCCAUGACCCCAUCACUCAGAGCAAAUCCAGGCCCCAAACAGUGUGGCCUCCACAGGCCCCACCUGAGUCCCUCCAGUAGCCCGGGCUGCAGCUGAGCAGAGCCUUUCCCAUCUCUGGGCUUUGUCCAUGCUGUUCCUGCCUUUCCUGCCUCAUGGAGCUUGAUCCUACCAGCCCUUGUCCCAGCCCUCCAGGCAGACAAGCAGUGAAGGAAUCUGCAGAGGCCACAACAGGGAAGGUGGUGCCUUGGGGCAAGCAGGGGGUGGCCAGCGUUCCCAUGAGGGUGUCUGCCAGGCCUGGGGCAUCCUGCUUUCCCUCUGAUGUCUUCACAGAACUUGGGAGGCAGGAGAUGGAACAUAGUGUCUGCCCAGGCUGACUUUCAUCAGAAAACCUCACAACCUUCAGCUGCAGGGUGGAUGUGAAAGGAGCUGGCUAAGCAGAAGGCGACUGAGGAGAGGGCCCUCUCAGCCCUGGUGUUCCGUGCAGGGUGGAAAAACAUGUCCUCUUCGUUUGCAGCCUGAAACCAGGCUACCCGUCUCACCCUAGAGACCUCAGGGGAGAAUUUUAAGUGGCCCCAGGUUGGCAGGGCCUGCGUGAGUGGCAGAAGCAAACACUCAUCCUCUUGAACAGGCUCUCAGCCUCACAAGAGGGAUGUCUGGGGCAGAGGAAGUCUCUGUGGGACUCAGAGUAAGCCCCGUGCACUGUAGGACGUUUGGCAGCAUCCCUGGCCUCUAUCCAGCAGAUGCCAACAGCACACACACACACUCUCAGUUGUGACAACCAAAAUGUCUCCAGGCAUUGCCCAAUGUCCUGGGAGGGGGGUCGCCCAGGUUGCGAAUCUAGAAGGAUGCAGCUUCACGAAGCCUCAAGGAUUCGAUGUCAAUCAAGUUCUGAAGAAAAUGAGUACCUCCAGGUUAAAAAUUGUGGACACGUACCACAAGGAAAUAAUCCACCAUGAGGGCCAGCAGAAACAAGAGAUGGGUUCUGUAGACGUUCCAGAUACUGGAAUUAUUAGAUAGAGAAUAUAACUAUGUUUUAUCUAAAGGAAUAAAAGAUCCUUGAAAAUA